AUUGACUUUUGUGAUGGUACGACGACGACAGCUCAUCGCUUUUAUUUUUGAUUCGAUUGAUGGUUUACAUUAAAGUGCAUUUUGAUACCAAUUCGCCUUAAAAUCAUAUAAAAAGUUAUAGCACAAUGUGGGAUCCAACUCAUGUUCAAGUGACUAUACAAAGGGCUCGAGGACUUCUAAUAAAAGGUAAAAACGGUACCAAUAACUGCUUUGUGACCAUCGCCCUGGGUAAAGAAAAAUUCCAAACUUCCGUCAAACACAAAGCAACUGAGAACGUCGAAUGGUUGGAAGAAUGUGAGCUACGCAUACCUACGCAAGGAAACACUGCAGAGAUUGUAUUGAAAGUGUAUGAUGAGGAUUUUGUAAAGGACCAUUUACUAGGUCAAGUAUCGAUUCCGUUAAAAGACCUCGAUGUUUACGAGCGCCCCAGAAACCGUUGGUAUGUCCUGCAAGGAAAAUCAGGUAAAGAAAACGACAAGAAAAGAGGAGAACUUGAAGUCAAAAUCGGUUUUACAGUCAAGGAAGGCAGUCUCACUGACCUCAGUAAGAAAGAUAAACAUCGAUCAUCUUUGUCGAGUAUCGCUCAAAAUGUCGGUGGUAGCCUCAUGAGCAUUGGAAGCAUUGAGAAACGUAAAGGUCUGAAAAAAUUCGCCAAAAAUCUUGGCUCUAAAAUGAACCUUAGCAAAAAGGACAAGAAGAGUGACUCAUCAUCUCUCAGUGGCAGCAUAGGCAAUCUAAAAAGUUCAGCACUUUCCACCCCUGAACAUUCCACCCCUAAGAGGCUAUCUGGUGAUGCAGACCCUGGAGUUAUCAGUGAAGAUGAAGAUGAGUUUGCUUUUGAUGAUUUGUCCCAUAAAAGUUCAGGUAGUUCCUUGAAUGUAAACACUUUACCUCGUGGACAUAAAUACACUCCAUCUCCUAUGAAUGCUUCUCUAGAAAACCUUGGGGGUGGUGAAAUUUUGAGAAGAUCCACAAGCAGCAACUUGGCUAAUUUAGACAAGGCCGCUCCACAUAAACCUGUGCGCCUGAGCCUCAACUUGUUCACUCCACCACAAUUACCCUCUCAAGUGGUCAACAAGGAUGACGAGUGGUCCCAAAAAUUAUACUCAAAACCAAAGUCAAACAGUCAAACAACCAUUGACAGAGAAAAGUCUUCAAGCCUUGAGAGAAACAACAAACUCGACAGUCCUAGCUCAUUCAAAGAAAAACCCAGCCCAAAAUUUUUCAAGAAGUUUGGAAAUAACAACAAACAGAAGAAACUAUUAGAAGAACGCAUAAUUGUUGGUGAAGAAAACAUUGUUGAAGAAGAUUCUGUAAACCCUGCCUACAGUAACAUCCCUAAAAGUGUGGUUGAACAGUUUGAUGGGAAAUCCAGAGAAGAUCUGAUUGUUAUGAUUUACAAUUUGCAAAAAGAUGCUGAAUCAGAGAAAAAGAAAAACAAAGACUUGGAAAACUAUUUGGAUGAGUUGUUACUCAGAGUAAUGGAAACUACUCCAAGAAUUCUACAAAAUCCUUAUUAGACCCAUGGUAAUCUGACAAAUGCUUUGCAAGUCGGUGACGGAUUGUCAAGUUUUCCGGAUUAUCGAGUGCUACCCCUUAAAGUCAGCAACUUAUGGGAAUGAAGUACCUUUUUAAUCCGACAAAAAUUACUAAAAUGGUGAGAUUGAAUCAUUAUGUCAAUACCUAUUCCAUCCAUAGUCACCACACUGAAAUGACACAUCAUUUAUUUUAGAAUCAUUCUAUUAACAUUAUGACUGGCAGUUAAGGAAACUGAAUACACUAACAAAAUAUAUUUUUACUUAGUAGCUACUAAAUUUAUAUAUGGCAUGUCGGAUUACAAGGGUGCCAAACUAGCCGGGGGCUGGAUUACUGCGGGUCUAGUUAAGAAUAUUAUUUAAUCUUGUCACAUCUGAACUUAGUGCCUUAAUAAUGUAGUCUGUGAUAAAAUUGAAGUGUAUAAAAAGACAAAUAUGAUUGAUUGUAGUAUCAAAUACACUGAACUGUUCAUCAACAUUUAUACAAAAAAGUCUGCCACUUAUCAAAAUAUUUAUCUAUAGCAUCUAAAGAUUGUUGUUUCGAAAUCACUAAUAAUAUUAAGUGCCAAAGUUUUAUCUUUUAUCCAGUUAAUGUUUUAAGCAGUUUAUUAUAUUUGUAUUAAACUUGUAUGGGGUUUAUUAAGAUUUGUAGAGUACGUAAUUUUAUAAUGCAUAUACUAUAACACUGCUUUAGAUAAUUUUUCUUUUAAUUUUAAAAGUGCUUAAUUUCGGGCAUUACACAAAGAACUGCAUUAUUAAUUAGGUUAACAAAAUAAAGAUAUUAACAGAAACUGUCAGAAUUUGAUCCAUCCAAAAUAAGAGUGAGAAUGAUGUUUUAUAACAUAAGAAUCUAUGCUAUAAAACUAUGAUAAGGAUUAGCUUUAGUAACUGUUUAGGUACUUACUAAUCAUUUCUAACUUUACGUCUUUUAAGCGCCUAUUAGAUAGCAUGAUUGAUUUCAAAAUUAAUUUUAAAUGGAUCCCUAAUCAAUAUCACUUGGAGAGUGCUUUAUUUUUAAUGAUUACAUUCUCAACAUUGAUAUUAACAUCAUUAUUUAAAUUUUGUUAUUAUUAAGUUAAAAAAGCUAACUACCUACCUGAUUUUAGAAAUUUGUUUUACCUAACAAUGCCAUUGUGCAAUAUGAUAAUAGUAGAUAAGUCUAUUGUAUUUCAAUUUCCAUUAAAAUAAUCUUAGAUGAUAUUAGGAAUAUACAUUAUAGGAAUGUUAUAUUGUAAGUGAAUUGUGUAAGAUAUUUUCUUUGAAUUUAUUGAACAGGGAAUGAUCUGAAUGAUUGGAUAUUUAGUAAUUUAUGUGUCAUAUGAAUGAUUAACAAAAACAGUAUAAAUGUAUGCCAAGUAUUAAAGGUAUUUUGUUAAUUUUCAUUAUAGUAAAAACGUAUUCUUUUACCUAGACUAAAGCAAAGCAAUGUUCAAACAGUAAAUAGAAGAACAAAGUAAAGUAGGUUGUAUGUUUAAUGUUAUUUACUGAUUUACAAUAAGCUUAAUUUAGAAGAUUUCAAGUUAACAGGUACAUAAGUUAAUACUUGCAGUUUUAAUUUAACAAUUACAAUAUCUGCUUCCUUUUUAUUAUGCUGUUUUUAACCUUAUCAAAAGUACCUAAUGCAUGCGUGUGAGCAGUAAGUCAAUUGUUUAAAAAUGUUUAAAACCUUAUUGUUUGAAUUAUAUUAUGUAUUCUGAAAACUAUGUAACUACUCACAAUGAAUAUAAACUACUUCCUCUUUGUAAUUUAGUUUAAAAUAUUCUAAGGCAUAAGAGAAAGUUAAGUUUAUUUACAUUUAUAUCAUUUAAUCAUACUUGUGAUGAAUGAAUAAGUAAACAAAUUAUAAAUAAAUAAACCUUAUAAUUUAUUGUUUUAAAGUGAUUGAAUUUAAAUAAAUAUAUUUUUUAAA